AUGAGUGCAGAGGAUUUGGGAAGGAGGCUUCUGGCUGAAGUGGAAGAAAUUGGUCUGGAUGAGCUUCUCAACGAUCUACGUCUACGUGAUGAUGGACCGAUAUCACGCUUUGAUUUGCCACCGCUCGACAGCAUUCUGGCGACUAUCGACCAGGCGCGAGCAUCGAAUGGCAAAACUGCCCCAACGACUUCACCCAUCGUCGAGCUCAUGUCCCUACGUCCUGAUGUCGGCACGUCAAACAUCCUAUACCACCUCACGGCCCUAGCAGUCCUUCCAAGGAACCUCGGAGGUCGCCAAUCCUGCGUUGUAAUCAUCGGCGCAGACAAUACCUUCUCCAUCCCACGCCUCGCCCAGCAAAUUAAAACCCUCGCCUUUACCAAUCGCAGCUCGGACGCUACCACCAACACCAUCAACGACGCGAUACACACCUCCCUCAAACACAUCCACAUCUUCCACCCCCAAUCCCUCCCCUCCGCAAUCGCCACCCUCAACUUUCUCCAAUCCUACCUCUUCAACGCAACCCGCCACUCUUCCUUCGACAGACCCGUUGCCUUCAUCGCCUUAGACUCCGCCUCAAGUUUCUACUGGCAAGCACGGUCUGACGCAGACGACGCUGCUCUCCUCGCCAACACUUCCGAGACUUCACAGCGGACUCCUCAGGGCUAUCCUCAUCUCACCGCAGCGCUGAAGAAUGCCUCCCGGAUUCUGCAUGCGCCGAUCAUCUAUACCACCCGCUACACUGGAUCUGGACCUCCGAAGUCCAACAACAGCAACACCGGCUUUGAGCUGGGCCCGAGAUCAUUUAGGCCCAACUUACCGCAGCCCUGGGGCACUUUGCCGAUUUUGAGGCUAGUGGUGAGGAGAAUGGAGGUUAGGAAGUUACCGGUGGGCAUCACAGUGGAGCAGGCGCAGAGAGAGGAUGAGGCGAGGAGGAAGGUGGUCGAGAAAGGGAAGUUUGAGGUCUUCGUGAAUGAGUGGGGAGUCGACGAGGCGGUUCUGAGGAAGUUGCGAGAGAAGGAGUUGGAUGGGUUUGAGGUUUAUGUCAACAAAGUGGGUCUCCAAUUGGCGGCACCAGAGUAA